AUGGAUACCAACGACGAUAUUGAGAUGAAUAAUGUCAUCAGUACAGAUGCCCCAUACCUUAGUGAAAAUAACAAUGCCAACAAUACGGAUAACAAGGAUGCUGUUGAAAUGAAAGCUGUUAGUGAUACGAAUAUGAAGACUACUGUAGGAUGGACUGAACAAUCGGUCGAUAGAGAGCCAACAGAAGAGGAAAUGGCUUCAUUAGAACAUGUUUCUGAUCGAAUACCCAUUGGAGCUUGGUUGAUUGUCGUCUGUGAAUUGUGUGAACGUUUUGCUUUCUAUGGUCUUUCAGGUCCUUUUCAAAACUAUAUACAAUUUCCCCCAGCGAAUGAAAAUAGUACCCAGCCAGGUGCGCUCGAUCGUGGCCAACAGACUGCCACAGCUCUAACGACAUAUUUCCAGUUUUUUGCAUAUCUCACACCGAUUGCUGGUGCUAUUCUUGCUGACCAAUUUUGGGGCAAAUAUAAAACAAUUAUAGUGGCCUGUUGUAUCUAUAUGGUUGGACUGCUGGUGCUUGUCUUGUCGAGUAUACCGCCAUCGCUUAACGCGGGUGUUGCUUUUCCAGGUUUAAUCGUUGCUAUGACUAUUAUCGGCAUGGGAACUGGUGGCGUGAAAAGUAAUGUUAGUCCGCUGAUGGCCGAACAGUACACUGUGACGAAAGCCGUGGUUAAAGAUAUCAAAGGCAAAAGAAAAAUUGUUGAUCCGAAAGUCACGGUACAGUCGAUGUUCAAUUGGUUUUAUUGGGCCAUCAAUAUUGGUGCAAUCUCCUCAAUAGCCACGACAAAUAUUGAAAAAUACUAUUCGUUUUGGCUCGCUUAUCUCGUACCUUUGGUCGUUUUCACUGGUUCUAUCGUUGUUUUGAUACUUGGUCGUAAGCGAUACAUUCUCUCACCACCAAUGGGUUCAUUACUACUUCGUGCGGGUCGUGUCGUUAUCAAAGCCAUUCGAAUGCGAUCAAAGUUAGGUAGACAACCUGAUCGGUCCGGCCUGUUAGAUUAUGCCAAAGAGUAUCCUGCAUCGCCGAUUCAAGAUGAAGAACAAAAACUAGCAUUGGCAAAAGAAAACCAAUUUAUUGAUGAUCUCAAACAAGCAACACGAGCUUGUCGUGUCUUUCUCUUCUAUCCUUUCUAUUGGAUUUGUUACAAUCAACUGGGAACUAACUUAGUAUCACAAGCAGCACAAAUGGAUGUUGGUCCUCUACCCAAUGAUGUCUUACAGAAUAUUGAUCCAAUCGUACUGAUUGCUUUCAUUCCAAUCUUCGAUAAAGUGAUCUAUCCAACUUUACGACGAUUUAAAAUUAAUUUUCCAUCCAUUCCUCGUAUUACAUGUGGAUUCAUCUGUGUUUCAAUUGCCAUGGCAUGGUCAUCGUUUGUUCAACAUAAAAUCUAUCAGACUGGACCCAAUCUUAACUAUGCUGUGAAACCAUGUGACGGAUGUCAGAAGUACAACGAUAUAGUCGUUGCUUGGCAAAUCCCAUCGUAUUUUUUUAUCGCUAUCUCGGAGAUCUUUGCUUCCAUCACCGGCCUUGAAUAUGCCUUUACCCAAGCACCUGCUUCGAUGAAAUCAAUCGUCAUGUCUCUUUUUCUCUUCACGUCAGCCAUUGGUAGUGCGCUAGGUUUUGCACUUGUGCCAGUAACCGUCAAUCCCAGACUACUGUGGAUGUACGCUUCCUUAUCGAUCAUGUCAUUUACCGUUGGAAUCAUAUUCUUUCUCGUCUUUCGUAAUGAAGGCAAAGUGCGUGUAUCACCAGCGUCGAUUGAAGAGAACCAACAAACGAGCUUUUAA